AUGGACAGAGAUAUAAGCUACCAGCAAAAUUAUACCUCAACUGGGGCAACUGCAACUUCCUCAAGACAGCCCUCUACGGACAAUAAUGCAGAUACAAAUUUUUUGAAGGUAAUGUCAGAAUUCAAAUAUAAUUUUAACAGUCCGUUACCUACAACGACUCAAUUCCCCACGCCCUAUUCUUCUAAUCAGUAUCAACAGACUCAAGAUCAUUUUGCCAAUACAGACGCUCACAACAGUUCGAGCAACGAAUCGUCGUUGGUAGAGAACAGUAUAUUACCGCAUCAUCAGCAGAUACAACAGCAACAACAACAACAACAACAACAACAACAACAACAGCAAGCUCUAGGUUCACUUGUACCUCCUGCUGUCACAAGGACAGAUACAAGUGAGACUUUGGACGAUAUCAACGUUCAACCUUCUUCUGUUUUGCAGUUCGGCAACUCUUUACCCAGCGAAUUUUUGGUUGCAUCCCCAGAGCAAUUCAAAGAAUUUUUGUUGGACUCUCCGUCCACCAAUUUCAAUUUCUUUCACAAAACUCCGGCAAAGACACCACUUCGAUUUGUAACAGAUUCUAACGGUGCUCAGCAAAGCACCACAGAGAACCCAGGUCAACAACAGAAUGUUUUUAGCAAUGUCGAUUUGAACAAUCUUUUGAAGAGUAAUGGAAAAACACCCUCAUCUUCAUGCACCGGCGCAUUUUCACGCACUCCUCUGAGUAAGAUUGACAUGAAUCUCAUGUUCAAUCAACCGCUGCCGACAUCUCCAUCAAAAAGGUUCUCCUCCCUGUCGUUGACACCAUAUGGAAGAAAAAUUCUGAAUGACGUCGGUACACCUUAUGCAAAAGCAUUGAUAUCGUCUAACAGCGCGUUAGUGGAUUUUCAGAAGGCAAGAAAGGAUAUUACCACUAAUGCAACAUCCAUAGGGCUGGAAAAUGCCAACAACAUCUUACAGAGAACGCCGCUAAGAUCUAACAAUAAAAAAUUAUUUAUUAAAACCCCCCAGGAUACCAUCAAUAGCACUAGCACACUAACUAAGGACAACGAAAAUAAACAGGACAUAUACGGCUCUUCACCGACUACCAUCCAAUUAAAUUCAUCAAUAACUAAAUCUAUCUCCAAAUUGGAUAACUCUAGAAUUCCCUUGUUAGCUUCGAGAUCAGAUAACAUUCUGGAUUCCAAUGUGGAUGACCAAUUGUUUGAUUUGGGGUUGACAAGAUUACCUUUAUCACCAACACCAAAUUGUAAUUCUUUGCAUAGUACAACCACAGGUACAUCUGCCUUACAAAUUCCUGAGCUACCCAAGAUGGGGUCUUUUAGAAGUGAUACGGGAAUCAAUCCAAUUUCAAGUUCAAACACAGUUUCUUUUAAGAGCAAAUCAGGCAAUAAUAAUUCAAAGGGUCGAAUCAAAAAAAAUGGGAAGAAACCUUCCAAAUUUCAAAUUAUUGUGGCAAAUAUUGAUCAAUUUAACCAGGAUACAUCAUCGUCAUCUUUAUCAUCAUCAUUGAAUGCAAGUUCGAGUGCAGGGAAUUCAAAUUCAAACGUAACAAAGAAAAGAGCAAGUAAACUCAAAAGAUCACAGUCUUUACUUUCUGAUUCCGGAUCGAAAUCACAAGCAAGGAAAAGCUGUAAUUCUAAAUCUAAUGGAAAUUUAUUCAAUUCACAGUAA